AAAUACCCGCCAAGGACCCAAAAAAGGACCGCAGCAGGUUGCCGCAGUGUGCGAGCGGGCAGAGCAGCGUGGGGACGGCGAGCCGAGCCAGACAAAAGUAAGCUUUCUGAAGAGGACAUGUGAUUGGAAGUUGUCUAAUUGUUGAAGUGUUGCGAACUCCAGUCCCUAAAGUCUUAGGAAAAACAACCAAGGAUUUAUACUUUGUCAAGGUGAACCACUGAGUUCUUCAUUAUGUCUGAUGGAGACUAUGAUUACCUCAUCAAAUUUUUAGCUUUGGGAGACUCUGGAGUAGGGAAGACCAGUGUACUUUACCAGUACACCGAUGGGAAAUUUAACUCCAAGUUUAUCACAACAGUGGGCAUUGAUUUCAGGGAAAAGAGAGUGGUAUACAGAGCCAAUGGGCCAGAUGGAGCUGUUGGCAGAGGCCAGAGAAUCCACCUGCAGUUAUGGGACACAGCAGGGCAGGAGAGGUUUCGAAGCUUGACAACAGCAUUCUUCAGAGAUGCUAUGGGGUUUCUUCUGCUUUUUGAUCUGACAAAUGAGCAAAGCUUCCUCAAUGUCAGAAACUGGAUAAGCCAGCUACAAACGCAUGCAUAUUGUGAAAACCCAGACAUAGUGCUCUGUGGAAAUAAGAGUGAUCUGGAAGAGCAGAGAGCAGUGAAAGAGGAGGAAGCCGUAGCACUUGCAGAGAAAUAUGGAAUCCCCUACUUUGAAACUAGCGCUGCUACGGGGACAAACAUAAGCCAAGCAAUCGAGACGCUCCUGGACCUGAUAAUGAAGCGGAUGGAACGGUGUGUGGACAAGUCCUGGAUCCCGGAAGGAGUGGUGCGGUCUAACGGCCACGCGUCUACGGAGCAACUGAGCGAAGGAAAGCAGAAGGGGGCCUGCGGCUGUUGAGGGGUCAAGUGAGCUGCGCAGUGACCGAAGUGGCCCGCGCCUGUAAUCUUCUCCCUGGGCAGUGCCCCGCCCAGAGAGAGAUGAAUGGGCGUUGUGUACAAACUCCUUCUCACCAUUCCAAUUAGACCAGUCAGUGAAGCAUCCAGUUUUAAAAUCAGUUUGCUGCAGCUUUGUAAAUAUUUCUUGAAGAUCUAGCCUGAGAGUUAGGAGAAAUGUUGCACAUAGCCAAAAGUGCCUUAUAAAUCCUUAGCCUGUGGCAGUAGAUCAUCAAGGAUUCAGGAUUUUGUAGCCACUGUGGAGUGUGUUUAUUAGGAAGAAUGACUGAAGUUAUUGUCACCUGCCUUGACAUCGAUCGGCCUGGUGCCUCACAUUCAAGAUCUUAGAUGAAAUUAUAAAACAAAUUAAUCCAAAUGAAAUCAUCUUACUUGUACUGUAAGUAACCUUCUAAAAUGCCAUCUCAACUGCUGGAAUAUUAAACAAAAAUAUACACAAACAUCAGUUCAUUGUCCUUCAAUAUUAACCUAUGUAAGCAUUCUCUUUAAAAUGAGCACUGGACAAAUUAUGGCCAUAUCUAUAGAUCUCAGACAAACUGGAUUGGCCAAUUAUAUACUCUCUGUGGUUCUUGUAGGUGGGAAAGGGAUUGGGCAGGGGUGGCCUAAUGUAACUGAGCAACUGAAAGGCGGGGUCUCCGGCUCCCUGCUGUGUUCCACUUGCUCCGAGAGUCAGGGAACUCGAUUUUCAUGGCUUUAGUUCACUGUGAUCUGUGCAUUUACACUUGACCAGCAUGCUGGCCACAUCUGAACACAGCUGGUGCUCAUGCUGAAGUUACUUGUAGUAAGUGAAUAUAUAGCUUCUAUUCCUUCACAUUUACAAUGUUGGCCUGGCAUCUGCAGACCACACCUUCAAAUAGCACAUGAACUGCUGAUCUUCUGUGCUCACCAUCGACCUCUGUGUUCUUAUUUGCAACUUGUUUCAUUUUUACAUUGGUGGAAUUGAUGGAAUUAGUUUUUAAUUAUGUAAAUUUUUAUUUGCCAUUUAGUGGAAGAUAGAUGUUUAUAUGUAAGCAGUCACAUUUAUACUCUAGCACAACAUAAGAAAAACUAAAUGUUCUGUAGUCUGUGUUUCUCACGGAGAUCACGGGCACCUGUACUUGCUGGGUCUCACCAAGCUCAUGUGUUCUCCUACAUGGCCAACCUGUCUUCAUGCCAAAUUAAAGGUGGUUUUGGAAUAGGCUUCAUGGCAGUUUAUAAAGGUCAAAGGGGAAAUUCUUAUUUAUUAAAGUUGUUUAAAUAGGUUAAAAUAUCCAAAAUACUCAACAGCUAUUUAGAAAGAGAUACAUUAUCAUAUAAAUAAAGAAUAAAAGUAAAUGUAUUUUGUGGAGGCAAACGUUUGGCAGAAGUAUAGUCAGAAAAACACAACUAUGGUGGAAAGCAGUUGCUCUUACGUGAUUAUUUUCAAACACACUUUUACUGAGUAUCUGGUCCGGUUUUUUUGCCACUGCCCUCCUUCAGUUCCCUUAAAAACUUAGCUGUGGUUGCUAAGAUGUUAUGUAUUUCUGUCCUUAAAAUUCGAACUUCUUUUAAAUCCUAAAGAAGUCGUCGUGUCCUUGAGUUGUGUGUUCCAGGGACGAAGGACUCAGACCCUUCUGGGGCAGAGUCAUAAUCACAAGCAGUGCCUUCGAAAGUUGCCGUAAAUGUCACUGGAGUAAGUCGUGUUUUCAUAUCAGGGGACAUUUACUGUGCUCUAUUUGUGCAGUUAAAAAGAAGUCAAAUUUCUGUUUCCGUUUUUCAACAACCAAAGGAGCAGCUCGCUACAAAUUUCAUUCGCCUUAAAUAUAAUGUACAGUUAUGUGUGUAUACAUGACACAGUGCACAUACACGAACCAUCUUUAUGAUUGAAAUAACUAACCUGUAUUCUCUUUGGAAAACCUUUGUUUAAAUUUGUUAUUGAAGUGCCAUAUUUUUGUGAGUCAAUGUAUUUUUCUAUUUAUAAGCCUGUGUAACAGUGAAGUGUAUCUUCUGUGAACAGGGUGCCAACUGAGCUUAUAAUAAAAUAAUGAUAUAGUCUCUCCA